AUGAGCGGCACGCGACGCGAUGCCCCGCCGCAUCACAAGCACAAGGACAGCGUCCCUGACGCGGGGCUGAGAAGUCUCGAUCACUGUAGGUCCAACGCAGCUCCCGGUGGAGGAGGAGGAGGAGGAGAUGAAGACAAUCUACGAGCAGGAUCGGUGUUGUGCGACGGUCAUGGGAAGAUCGAGCAUCGGGGGAGACGAGUUGAAACUGGAGCGCAGGCGAGAGAAGCAAAUAGAGGGAGAGGGGACGGUGACAUCCCAAAGCAACAAGACGCAUGCGCUGACACAAGGCCACCUGUAGAUAAAAGAGCGCUUCCAAAAUGGAGAUAUAACUUGCGGCAACAGGCGCUCCCGCUCAUUCGCUGGGAGACGCCGUAUCUGGCUGCUCUCCAGAGCAAGUUGCGCACUCCGGCGCUCGACAGCUACUUCGCCAUCACGGCCAACCUGGGCACGCACACCUUCUUCAUGGUCUUCCUGCCCAUGCUGUUCUGGGGUGGCUAUGCGGCCUUUGCCAAGGGAUUGGUCCACAUCUUGGCGCUGGGUGUCUUCUGGACAGGCUUCAUCAAGGACUUCUACUCGCUGCCCCGGCCGCUGUCGCCGCCGCUCAACCGCAUUACCAUGUCUGGAUCCGCCGCGCUCGAGUACGGCUUCCCUUCGACUCACAGCGCCAAUGCCGUUUCCGUUGCCGUCUACGCCAUCCUACACCUGCGCGACCCCCUCAACACCUUUUCGGACACGACGAAGCUGCUCCUCGAGAUCCUGUCGUAUUUUUACGCUGUGUCGAUUGUUUUUGGGCGGCUCUACUGCGGCAUGCACGGGUUCUUGGACGUUGUCAUCGGAUCUAUCAUGGGGGCUGGUAUUACCGUCUUGGAAUACUAUUACGGGCCGCCAUUGGACGCCGCGAUGCAGCACGGCACUUGGCUGGUCCCCGUCAUUGCUGGCCUGGUUGUCGUCGUCUUUGUGCGAAUUCAUCCCGAGCCUGCAGAUGAUUGUCCGUGCUUCGACGAUAGUGUCGCCUUCGCCGGCGUAGUAAUUGGCUUGGAAGCCGGCACCUGGACUGUCGGGAGGACUUUCCUAGCUGGCGCCGAGUCUAGCAUGGGCGUUCUGCCGUAUACAUCGUGGGUUAUAGCGGCGAGGAUGGUUGUGGGAAUCAUUGCCAUUUUUGUUUGGCGCGAGACUAUGAAGCCCACGCUGCUCAAGGUGUUGCCUCACCUGUUCCGUCUUAUCGAGUCGACCGGCUUUGACCUGCCUCGAAGAUUCUUUACGCCCGCUAGCGAGUACAAGUCUGUGCCUCCCGGAUCGCGGUUGGAUACACUAUUUCCGACGGCCUCUGAUUUUCCUCGCAUGGUCGAGAGUAUUCGACAUCCCACAACUCGAGGUCGAUCGGUCUCUAUCGGGCCUCAGAGCGCGGCAGAUGCAUACGAAACCUUGGCUUAUCGGGAACGGCAACGAAGGGACAGCAUUGGAAGCAAUGCGAGUCUCAAGAGCAAAUCAAGCAAUAUGGAUCUCAACGGCAAGGAGGAAGACAAGUCAGGCAAGGGAGCACAAACUUCAGGUGCCCAGAAGGCGGCGUUUUAUGAUAAUGAGUCGCUCAGAGGUCCGAAUGACAUUCUGGUUAUGCAAGGGGCAGAGAAUGGGAACCCGGAUAUUUAUCUUUCCAUGGAGGAUGCGCGUGACGAGAAGGAGGUCUUUUCUCAGCUGGUGAAGCCGCGAGUGAGAUACGAUGUCGAAGUUGUCACGAAACUCGUGGUUUACGCAGGUAGGAAUCCAACAUUGCAACCAUUGAAUAUCGAGUACACAACUAACGAGAAAACCCCACCACAGGAAUCUCGUGGCUUGCAGUAG